AUGAGCGCAAUCGACAGCCAUCCAAGCGUCCAGAAGUUUAAGCCGACCGCUCUGCGCCUUGCCAAGCAAAUCCGCCACCGAGGUCCCGAUUGGAGUCCAAUGGAAUGGCAUAUUGACAAUGGCACGGAAUUAUGUCUAAUCGGUGACUGUGCAGUUUUAUGCCAUGAGCGUCUGAGCAUCGUUGGGGUUGAGUCUGGCGCUCAGCCUCUGACCAACGAUGAUGAGUCGCUUGUUCUUGCUGUCAACGGUGAAAUCUACAACCAUCGUCUGAUUCGAAAGCACUUGAGACACAAGUACCACUUCAAGACUACAUCCGAUUGCGAAGUCAUUAUUCCUCUGUAUAUGGAAUACGGCCUCGAUGCCCCCAACCACCUCGAUGGCAUGUUCUCCUUCGUGCUCUACGACAAGAAUCAAGACCGAACUAUUGCUGCCCGUGAUCCCAUUGGUAUCACGACCUUGUACCAAGGAUGGUCGUGGAAGGAGCCAGGAACCGUCUAUUUUGCUUCCGAGCUAAAGUGUCUUCACACCGUCUGUGACAAGAUUGUUGCGUUCCCCCCUGGCCAUAUCUUCGACUCGAAAACUGGCGAGACAACUCGCUACUUCAAGCCCACCUGGUGGGAUCCCACCAAGGUCCCUUCAACACCUGUUGAUCUGAAGGUGUUGCGCCAUGCCCUGGAAAAAGCAGUAAGAAAGAGACUUAUGGCCGAGGUUCCCUAUGGUGUGUUGCUCUCUGGUGGCCUGGACUCUAGUCUGGUUGCUGCAAUUGCCCAGCGCGAGACUCUUCGUCUUAAGCAAAAGGCAAUUGCGGCCAACGCUGCCGUGGAUCCCGUUGGAAACCCCGACUUGGGCGAGGGUCUUGUCGGUAUCGACGACGACGAUAACCUCUCCACUCUCACCUACCUUCCCCAGCUCAACUCGUUCUCUAUCGGCCUUCCUGGAUCGCCAGAUAACAAGGCUGCCCUCGAAGUCGCCAAAUUUCUUGGGACCAAGCAUCAUGUCAUGACAUUCACCAUCGAAGACGGUCUCAACGCUCUUUCGGAUGUUAUCUACCAUCUUGAGACCUACGAUGUCACCACCAUUCGAGCCUCUACUCCCAUGUAUCUGCUCUCACGUAAGAUCAAGGCUAUGGGUAUCAAGAUGGUGUUGAGUGGCGAGGGCAGUGACGAGAUCUUUGGCGGAUACUUGUACUUCCACGCUGCUCCGGAUAAAAAGGCUUUCCACGAGGAGACUGUCCGUCGCAUUAAUAACCUACACUAUGCCGACUGCCUGCGUGCCAACAAGUCUACUUCUGCUUGGGGUCUGGAGGCCCGAGUUCCCUUCCUUGAUAAGGAGUUCCUCGAGACUGCUAUGAACAUUGAUCCCCAGGACAAGAUGAUCACCAAGGACCGCAUGGAGAAACACAUUCUUCGAAAGGCCUUUGACACUUCAGAUGAGCCUGAUACUGCCCCCUACCUGCCUGAAAACAUUCUCUGGCGCCAAAAGGAGCAGUUCUCUGACGGUGUCGGCUAUGGUUGGAUCGAUGCCCUCAAGGACCACGCUGAGCUGCAUGUUACGGAUGAGAUGAUGAAGAACCCUAAGACCGAAUGGGGCACUGAUAUCCCUGAUACCAAGGAGGCUUACUGGUAUCGGUUGAUGUUUGACGAGCAUUUCCCCCCUUCGUGUGCGUCGACCGUUCUGCGCUGGACGCCGACAUGGUCUAAGCAGACUGACCCCAGUGGAAGAGCCAUUUCCACUCACAACGAGAAGUAUGAGAACGCUGCAUAA